CAAAAACACAUGUAAAUGGAAAAGAAUUGAAGCAAUAGAGUUCUUCCUUUCUACGCACCACACAACAAUGACAUCUCUCUCCCUCCUCCUCCCUCUCCACCCCCCACUUCACAACCACCGCCGGCAACUUCUUUUCCUCCGUGGACAACGCCGACCUACCUCUUCGUUGCCGCCACCCCGUCAGCAACAACUUCGUUUAACUCCCACUCGCAAUAAAUCCAGCCUUAUCACCGCCGCAGGUUACAUAACAGGUCCGGCCUCGGAUGCAAUCGUCGCCGCCGAGGAUCCGAAGGUAGAGGAAUCCGAUUCCAGUCCCGAACCGGUACAACGGUUUAAUGCCAUAAGUUUGGGCUUGUUGUUGAGGCUUCUGUCCCGCCAUAAGCUUAGAGUUGCAGCUUCGAUCGUUAGCCUCGUAUGCUGUACCACUUGCACUCUUUCAAUGCCGAUUUUAUCCGGCAAGUUUUUUGAGGUUAUGUCUAGCUUAAGAGCUCAAAUAUUUGGCAGCGUUUUGAUUCACAAGGUGGAAUUCUUUGACAGAUACAAGGUUGGCGAACUCACUGCUUUAUUGACAUCUGAUUUGGGUUCCUUCAAGAACAUUGUGAGUGAGAACAUAUCAAGAGAUCGAGGUUUCAGGGCACUAACUGAGGUUGUUGGGACAAUGUGCUUACUGUUUGUUCUUGCCCCUCAACUUGCACCAAUUCUGGGUGUACUUAUGCUUGCUGUAUCUACUUUAGUUGCUGUAUACAAACGAUCAACUGUGAAAGUAUUUAAAGCCUAUGGGUUGACUCAAGCUUCAAUAGCUGAUUGUAUCACUGAAACUUUUUCUGCCAUCCGUACGGUAAGGUCAUUCGGAGGAGAAAAACGUCAAAUGUCAAUGUUUGGCAACCAGGUUCUUUCUUAUCAAAGAAGUGGCAUCAAGCUUGGAGUGUUUAAAUCUAUCAAUGAAUCAAUAACUAGAGUUGCAGUGUAUGUAUCUUUAAUGGCUUUGUAUAUUCUUGGAGGAAACAAAGUGAAAGCGGGUGAGAUGUCAGUGGGAACUGUGGCCUCUUUCAUUGGAUACACUUUCACAUUAACAUUUGCUGUUCAAGGAUUGGUGAACACAAUUGGGGAUUUAAGGGGAGCUUUUGCAGCUACAGAAAGAAUCAAUUCUAUCUUAUCUACCUCAGAAAUCGAUCAAGCCUUAGCUUAUGGUUUACAGAAAGACAUUAAACAAGAAAAAGAGGGAAUAAAUAAUAUGUUUUUCAUAAAUGAUAAUAAAAGGGGAUCUCAAAACACAAGGUACAUGUCAUCAUUAACAUCAGGAAACAGUGUUCGUGUUCUUGCACAAUCUGGUGAUAUAUGUCUUGAAGAUGUGCAUUUUUCGUAUCCAUUGAGGCCUGAUGUGGAAGUACUUAAUGGGCUUGAUUUGAAUUUAAAAUGUGGAAGUGUUACUGCUUUAGUGGGGUCCAGUGGAGCUGGAAAGAGUACUAUUGUACAGCUUUUGGCAAGGUUUUAUGAGCCAACUCAAGGCAGGAUAUCAGUUGGAGGAGAAGAUUUAAGAACAUUUGAUAAAAGUGAAUGGGCCCGCGUAGUCUCCAUAGUCAAUCAAGAACCUGUUCUUUUCUCGGUUUCUGUUGGAGAAAACAUCGCGUAUGGCCUUCCGGAUGAAAACGUGUCAAGAGAUGAUGUCAUCGCAGCCGCCAAAGCCGCCAAUGCUCAUGAUUUCAUAAUCUCACUCCCAGAGGUUUCUAUUUCUCCUCACUAA